GCCAUUUUCUUCUUCGCAAAACCCUCGCAAAACCCACACGGCCACACUCUCUCUGCAGCUCCACAAAUUCUGCCAAAACCAGUCGAUCUUUCUUCCUCCUUGCUGCAGCUUGUAAUCAUCAAUAGAUGCAGAUACAUGCAUAUGAAUAAGGAGGUUCUAGUUAUAGAUAUUCCUCAAUCUCCAUUAAUCAGAGCUUGAAAUGAAAGCAGUAAGGUCGCUGAGGCGAUUCAAUUUCAGUCCAAUCGCCGCGGCUCAAUCUCCCAACACGAAAAAAUCCAUCACAGAUUCCUCCUUUCUUCGCCGUUUCUACUCUGCACAGACGCAGCGCGACGACUUUUCAGCGAACCCCGACGAAUUAUCCGCGCAGGAUGCCGUCUUCGAUAGCUCUCAAUUUGAUGAUUUGAAUCUCAAUCCAAGCGCCGAAAGCAGCAAUCAGGAGUCAACGUGGGACGAGAAGUACAGAGACAGAGUGAGGAGCCAAGUGUUUGGGGAAAAUGUUUCGCAUUUGAGGAUAUUGCAGAGGGAAGAGGAGAAGAAGAGGAAGGCUGGGAGGCUGGCUAAUGAGCUGCUGGAGGCGGCGUUGGAUUCAGGGGAGAGCGAAGAUGAGGAGGAGAGAGAGGUGACGGAGGAGGAGCAGAAAUCUUUAGCUGUUGGUAUCAUUGGAGCUCCGAAUGCUGGGAAAUCUGCUCUCACUAAUUACAUGGUGGGAACUAAAGUUUCAGCCGUUUCAAGGAAGGUGCAUACCACCACUCACGAAGUUUUGGGAGUCAUGACAAAAGGGGAUACGCAAAUUUGUUUCUUUGAUACACCAGGACUUAUGUUAAAGAAAAGUGGAUUUCCUUACAAUGAUAUCAAAGUUCGUAAUGAAAGUGCCUGGGGUUCCGUUAGUUUAUACAACGUGCUGAUAGUUGUUUUUGAUGUUCACAGACAUAUUACCAGACCUGAUUCACGAGUAGUGAGGUUGAUUGAAAGAAUGGGUUCAAUUAGUAUCCCAAAUCAGAAGCGCAUUUUAUGUAUGAACAAGGUUGACUUGGUUGAAAAGAAGAAAGAUUUGCUCAAGGUUGUAGAGGAGUUUAAUGACCUAUCAGGAUAUGAGAGGCAUUUCCUGACAUCAGGAGUGAAGGGCGCUGGGGUGAAAGAUCUUACAAAGUACUUAAUGGAUCAGGCAGUAAAAAGACCAUGGGAUGAAGAUCCAUUUACCAUGAGUGAAGAGUUAAUGAAGAACAUAUCACUGGAAAUUGUGAGAGAGAAAUUGUUAGAUCAUGUGCAUCAGGAAGUCCCGUAUGGCAUUGAACAUCGCUUGAUGAGCUGGAAGGAGUUGAGAGAUGGUUCUGUCCGAAUUGAGCAACAUUUUAUCACUCCUAAGAUCAGCCAACGCAAAAUUUUAGUUGGGAAGAAGGGUUCCAAAAUAGGGAGGAUAGGCAUUGAAGCCAACGAAGAGCUCCGAGCCAUAUUCAAGAGGAACGUCCAUCUCAUCCUCAUGGUUAGAGUUAAAUGACUUGACAGCAGCAGAUGCAAUGAUUUUCUGCAAUACUAUUGUUAGUAUGUCUAGCCCGUCGUCUGUGUGCCUAUUUAUAUAGAAGUAUGACACACAACUCUGUAAUCUGAAAACAAUCUGAAUUACAUCUGUUCUCUCUGUUUCUGCCCGUGGACGUAGCCAACGCAACGUUGGUGAACCACGUAAAUUUUGUGUCUCUUUACGUA